GGGGCGGAGUGGGCGUGGCCUGGCCGCGCCUGCGCAGUCCACUCUACUCGGCGGGCGAAGGACAGGCAUUAAAGAUGGAAGACUUCCAGGCCUCCGAGGAGACUGCAUUUGUUGUUGAUGAAGUGAGCAGCAUUGUAAAGGAGGCUAUAGAAAGCGCCAUCGGUGGUAAUGCCUACCAGCACAGCAAAGUCAACCAGUGGACCACUAAUGUCCUAGAACAGACUUUGAGCCAACUCACCAAACUGGGGAGACCAUUUAAAUACAUUGUGACCUGUGUGAUCAUGCAGAAGAACGGUGCUGGGUUACACUCCGCAAGUUCCUGCUUCUGGGACAGCUCCACAGACGGAAGCUGCACAGUCCGAUGGGAGAACAAGACCAUGUACUGCAUCGUCAGUACCUUCGGACUGUCCAUCUGACCACCUUGCCAGCCUCAGCCUCGUGAUCCCAGCAUUUCCAGUCCAUCUUAACCACCAGCUAUGUUGGGCAAACCCCUUCCUCCUAAGUUGUUCUGUGGCACUCUCAAAAAACCAAAUGACUCCCCAGUCACAGGAACCACAUGACUUCAGCCAGAUUAGCAGCCACCUGUCAUCUGAGCCAGGCAGUACCACUUGUCUUAACUGUCUUCUCCAAGGUGCUAAAAACUCAAGUCUGCUGGUGGAAACAGCUCUACUUUCUGAAAUGAUUCAGAUACACUAACUUUCCAUACUUUAUUCUUUCUUAGAAUAAUAAAUUAUUCAAAAUUAAAGUUUUUGUGUUCCUUGUAGCCCGGAGCAUCACCCGAGAAUGAGUUUGAGAAGGGAGAAGGUUGCUUUUAGCCUUCUGCAUGCUGACAUCGAGUAUACCUGAGCUGCUGGUCUCAGGACAGUGCACAGCCAGCUUUGCAGGUCAUGCUUGAAGCCGCGGGCCUGUUUCUUACUGUGAUGGCGAAACCUGCUGACAUUGGCAGAGCUGGAGAGAGGCCACAGACCUCAGGGGCGGGCUAGGCACUUGUGACAUGUGGCCGCACGCAGAGAUCUAGAAAAGUGGCCCAUGUCUGGGGAAAUGGGCUACAUCAGUUUAGCUCUGUUUAAUUUUUUAAUUACAUUCGUGUGUGAGAGCGAGUAAGCAUGCGUCCCAUGGCACACCUGUGGAGUUCAGAGGUCAAAGGCAGUUUGUGGGACUUGGCUCUUUCUCCACCACUGGGUCCCAGGAAUGAACUUAGGUAGUCAGGGUUGGUGGCAAACCCCUCUACCUGCUGUACCAGCUCACUGGCCCACCAGUUUACUUUCGUUGCACUCACUGCCAGCCUCAGGUGGCACAAACCAGGAAGCAAAAAGAACAGGAGGAAAGCUUACCCUAGCAAUCUGGCAAACAUGUCUGCCCUCUCAGUAGAGGGCGAGAUGAACGAACGCCUUGGUCCUCCAGGACGGGAAUAGGCCACUUCACCUGUAGGACAGGAACCUAGCCAUGCUGCAAUCCUACAUUCCUAGUCCCUGCUUCCUGGACGUGACGGUUGUGCAAGCCAUGAGCUCCGACCUAUGUCUGCUUGGCCCAGCGCAGUUCGCCUGCUGCUUUCGGACCUAGGCUUUGGCAUUUUAGUAGCAGCAGCAGCUACAUAUUUAGAAUUUUACAGCUUACAGAAUGGUUUCAGGAUUGCUGUGUCCUUAACAAUGCUUAGCUUGGGUAUCACAAAGGGCCCACAGUUUAUCCAGUUAAUUUCAAGUCAUAAAUCCUAGUGAGAAGGGACCCCAACAGACUAGGUUGUCUGUUGACCGCUCUAGGGUGCUCCUUGUGGGCCACCUAAGACACUAUGAUUGGCAUUGCCACUUGCUGUGUGUAUGUCUGAAGGAGUGCACACUCAUGCAUGGUCUUGUGUGUGCCCAGUUCCAGCAUAUUUCCUGAGAUGGGGUCUCUCACUGAACCUGGAGCACAAUGUUUGAGCUAAAUUUGCUGGCCACCAAAACAGUGGGACACACCUGUCUCUGCUCCGUUUUCCCAGCCCUGGGGUUACAGACACACACCACUGUGCCCGCUUUUACAUGGAUGCUGCAGCUCUAAACUUGGGCCCUCAUUCUCACAAAGCAAGCAUUUAACCCACUGACCUGUCUCCCCGAUAUCCCUGGCUGAAGAGCCUUGCUGUGGUCUUCUUUCUAAAGCAUUCAUAUAAAAAGCUAGUAAUACAUAAAGAAUUAAAAAUUAGAAAUAUAUUAACAUCGGUGAACAAGAGACAGUGUCAGAAUGAAGCUGAUAAGGUUUGUUAUGGAUGAGAAAUGUCCCCCAUCGGUGUGUGAUGGUUUGAAUAUGCCUGGCCCAGGGAGUGGCACUGUUAGAAGGUGUGUCACUGUGGGUGUGGGCUUUAAGACCCUCAUUCUAGCUGCCUAGAAGCCAGUAUUCUGCUAGCAGCCUUCAGAUGAAGAUGUAGAACUUUCAGCUCUGCUUGCACCAUGCCUGCUUGGAUGCUGCCAUGCUCCUGCCUUGAUGAUAAUGGACUGAACCUCUGAGCCUGUAAGCCAGCCCCAAUUAAAUGUUGUCCUUAUAAGAGUUGCCUUGGUCAUGGUGUCUGUUCACAGCAGUAAAACCCUGUUGCGGCCGGCCUGCAGCUUGCAACGAAUGGUUCAGCAGAGAUGGCAACUCGGGCUGAGAGAGAAAAGACUACAAAACCCUAAGACAAGGUGUGUGUCAAACACUUGCUCUUCAUCUGGCAGUGACAUUUGGGGAGGAUCUGGGAACUUGGAGGUGGAGCGUGCUGAAGGAAGCAGGAUACAGCAAGUAUCCCUAGUGGUUGAGGGUCUCUGCCUUGUUCUGGCCCCUUCCCGUCAUUCUGCUUUGAGUCCUGGCUACCAGGAGGUGAGUGACUUGGCCACACUCUGUAGGCACUGUGUUCCUCAUCCCGGGCUCAUGGUGGAGGGAGCCAGCCAUGGACCGGUGAGCUAAAGUGACUCUCUCCUGUGAGGUUUUUCAUCAGAUUUCGGUCACAGCAACAAAAAGUCUCAUACAAAAUCUCAAAAUGUGACUUUUAUUGAGUUUUUCAUAAAUAAGCAUUUAUUCCUUGACUGACUGCUCAGACAACAGUGGUGCACUGAUGGUCAAACGGUGUUCCUUCUGGACUUAGAGGUUAGUGUUUUUAUUUAACAGAUAUUUACAGACAUUUGUAAAAAGGUAGUUUUCAGGAGCAGAAAAUCCCUCUGUCAUACAAUGGAAUUAACCUGUUCUGUGUCACAGGACAGAUCACAGAAUGGUAGCACCUAGCAGCACCCGAGCCACCAAGAGAAACAUUCAGCAAGGCUUCUGACGACAUCCAUUUUCCUUUGGCCUGAAAAAAAAAAAAAAAAAAAAGAGCCACAUCUCCCCCAACCCCCAAAAAUGUAAUCACUAAGGCAAACGCUCAAAUAUACAAUACAUAUCAAGCCUCAUAUCUGUUCCUCAUGGAGGGACUUAGUUCUCUCUUUUGUGGGUGCUUGUGUUUUUCCUAUAAAGAUUAGUAACCAUAUUUGAACCUGUUCAUCCUAACUGUGCCUUCAAUGGUUCAGCACUUGAGGCUGGCGAGAUUUGCUUUAUAAACUGCCCAUCUGCAGGAUGGCUUUACAUACCUAAGCUUACUUCAGUCUAACUGUACAGAGAGCAAGCGCCUCACGAGCCUCGGAUGUAAGUUUACAUACCCUCUUCUCUAGCCUUUCGAUGGGGCUUGAAGGCACCGAAUCACUGCUGCCAUGAAUGACAAUAAAUCACGCAGAUUUACUACCCACAGGGAAAAUGAAGCUCUCACCGGGAAUCUGGGAGCCGUCACCUUCCAGGUUCCCCUGGAUUGGACCAAUAUAAAAAAUACCCCAAAGACAGGAGGAUUCAAACCGUUACCCUGAAAGAACUAAGUCAGCCCUUUGAACUUAUAAUUUAAGUUUACAAAAUUUUAAUCCCCUCAGAACAGAACAGUCUUCUGGUGACUAUCAAAAGUCCUGGCGGAGUUUAGUGUUUUAAGCUCACCCCUGAGCUGCUGCCUACACACUGAAGUCUUAGUUCUGUAAGCAGAGCUUUGCACAGCAUCUAAUACAGGAUGCACACGACCCUAGGAGUGCUGCUUUAUAAUUCAUAUUUCAACAGCAAAAAAAAUAUUCCCUUAGUUUUACGGACACUAGGAUCAGUUUAUAAUUAUUCUAUAGGGCAGUUUUUAAAAGUUCUGAAGUCUGUACCUAAAUGCUUAAAAUAUCUUACACUGACUGAUACAUAGUGUUAUAAACCAUGGAGACUUAUUUAUAAUGAUGAAGACAUGUAAACUCUCACAUAUUCGAACAUCUUGGGAUCAGUACGAGUCAGCGUCCAUAAGAUGGCAGCUGCAGGGCUCCACUGGAAGGGAAGGGCUGGUAACAUAAGAUAUUCUGGUAUCUUCCCCAACAGACUCAGUGAUCACAGCAAGUGCAAACUCAUGUAAACCCGUUACCCUCGCAGUGAGUUUCCAUUCCAAUGUUCAUAGUUACAAGUUGUUUUGUUUUUAAAAAAAAUGCACAUGGAAUCCAUAUUAAAGUAUGAAGUUUAAGAAGACAGGCAGACUGAAGAACGUCUUCCACCCUGGAGUCGGGCCCACACGGACAGUAACCUGCAGCUCAGAGCGGAAAUCUGAGUCGGUGCACAGACGAAGGGAACAGAAGAGGGAUCUACCGGAACUGGGCCUCUGGAUUUGCCAAGACAGAGGCAGGCAGGAUGCUACCUUUACCAGGUGUUCGCAGAGACGCUGUGUGGGGAAACUGAGGAGCGGGAAGGAAGGCGGUGGCCCUGAGGACUUCCAAUGCUGAACUUCAGUGUGGGUGACAUCCGUUUUCCACAGAGCCACACUCCAAACCCAGAACAACCUUGGGGGGACUCCCUUCAUCUGCAGCUGUCUCUAUAGCCAUUCAAAAUGUCUUACUUUCUCUUUACUUUAGUUCCUAAUUAAAACAGAAAGUCUUUCUGGCAAUAAAGUAUUUCUAAUACA